AAGGGCAAGAAGGGCGACAGAGGCCGAGGAGAAUGGAGCCGCACCAAGGUAGACAAGCGAAAGCGCCACGACGAGUAUCGCGAGUACAAGCGCCGCAAGGUCAGCGACAUCGACAACCCCAAGGCGAACCCCUUCUCCAAGGAGGAGAUUGAGGCCGAGGGCCGCCGCCCGAAGCGCAAGGUCGCCGUCAUGAUUGGCUACGCCGGCACGGGCUACAAGGGCAUGCAGCUCAACGGCGACGAGGAGACGAUUGAGCGCGACCUCUUCCAGGCCUUCAUCAAGGCCGGCGCCAUCUCCAAGGCCAAUGCCGACGACCCGCGCAAGUCGAGUCUGGCGCGCUGCGCCCGCACGGACAAGGGCGUGCACGCCGCGGGCAACGUCAUCAGCCUGAAGCUGAUUAUCGAAGACGAGGACAUUGUCGACAAGAUCAACGAGGCGCUGCCGGCGCAGAUCCGGGUCUGGGGCAUCCAGCGGACCAACAACAGCUUCAACUGCUACCAGUACUGCGAUUCGCGGUGGUACGAGUACCUCAUGCCCAGCUACUGCCUUUUGCCGCCGCACCCGCAGAGCUUCCUGGGGAAGAAGCUGGUCGAGAUCAACAAGGAGUACGGCGCCGAGGAGGAGACGAACGCGCGGCUGGCCGACGUCAAGGAUUUCUGGGCAGAGGUCGAGGAGAAGGAGAUUCAGCCCAUCCUGGCUCGUCUCGAUCCGGAGACAAGAGCAGCCGUCAUGGAGAGGUUGCAUUCCGAGGACGCGUUCGAGGAGAAGGCCGACAACAGCGCACAAGCCGCAGAGCCGGCUGCUACUGCUACUGCUGCUGCUGCUGAGCCAGAGGAGACGGCCAAGGAGGACGAACAAGACUAUACGGUGCAGCCCAAGCGCCGCGAGCUGGGCCCCGUGGACUUUGCCCUGCGCGACAUCAAGGCGGCGUACAUUGGCGCCAAGCGAGCGUACCGCGUGUCGCCGGAGCGCAUCCAGCGGCUGCAGGAGGCCCUCAACAAGUACGAGGGCACCAACAACUUCCACAACUACACGGUGCAAAAGUCGCACGGCGACCCGUCGUCGAAGCGGCACAUCCGGUCCUUUGUGGUGAACCCCAAGCCCAUCAUCAUCGGCGACACGGAGUGGCUGUCGCUCAAGGUGCACGGGCAGAGCUUCAUGAUGCACCAGAUCCGCAAGAUGGUUGGGCUGGUGACGCUCCUGGUGCGGUGCGGCACGACGCUGGACCGCAUCACGGAGAGCUACGGACCCAAGAAGAUGGCGAUUCCCAAGAUGCCCGGCCUGGGUCUGCUGCUGGAGCGUCCCGUGUUUGAAAACUACAACAAGAGGGCUAAGGAGACGCUCGGGCGGGAGGAGAUUGACUUUGACAAGUACAAUGACAAGAUUGAGGCGUUUAAGCAGGAGCAGAUUUACUCGCGCAUCUUUAGUGUUGAGGAAAAGGAUAACUCAUUCCACACCUUCUUCUCGCAGAUUGACCAGUUCAGGUCCAACCACUUCUUGUGGCUGACUGCCGGCGGCAUG